GGCAAGCCCAGCAGAAUCCAAAGGACUCACUCCAUGGAGAGGUGCUCGGUGAUGAAGGCAGCCAAUGGCUCCCAGGAUGGCUUGGAUUUCAACCCCAUGAAGGAUUACAUGGUUCUGAGCAGUCAGCAGAAGAUAGCUGUUGCCGUGCUGUGCACCCCGCUGGGCCUGCUAAGCGCCCUGGAGAACCUGGCUGUGCUCUACCUGAUCCUGUCCUCCCGCCGGCUCCGCAGGAAGCCCUCUUACCUGUUCAUCAGCAGCCUGGCUGCCGCUGACUUCCUGGCCAGUGUAGUCUUUGCUUGCAACUUUGUAAAUUUCCACGUCUUUCAGGGCGUGGAUUCCAAGCCUGUCUUUCUGCUGAAGAUUGGCAGCGUGACCUUGACCUUCACAGCCUCUGUAGGCAGCCUGCUGCUGACCGCCAUCGACCGCUACCUCUGUCUGCGCUACCCACCUACAUACAAAGCCCUACUCACCCGUGGGAAGGCACUGGUGACCCUGGGCAUCACGUGGGUCCUCUCAGCAUUGGUCUCCUACCUGCCCCUCAUGGGAUGGACUUGCUGUCCCAGUCCCUGCUCUGAGCUUUUCCCUCUGAUCCCCAAUAACUAUCUGCUGAGCUGGCUCCUGUUCAUCACCUUCCUCUUCUCUGGCAUCAUCUACACCUACGGGCACGUCCUCUGGAAGGCCCAUCAGCAUGCAGCCAGCCUGGCUGAGCACCAGGAUGGGCAGGUGCCAGGAAUGACCCGGAUGAGGCUGGAUGUGAGGUUGGCCAAGACCCUGGGGGUGGUGCUGGCUGUUCUCUUCAUAUGCUGGCUCCCGGCACUAGCCCUCAUGGUCUAUAGCCUGGCCACCCCUCUGAGUGACCAGGUCAAGAAGGUCUUUGCCUUUUGCUCCUUGCUCUGCCUUGUCAACUCCAUGGUCAAUCCCAUCAUCUAUGCCCUGCGGAGCGGGGAGAUCCGCGCCUCUGCCCACCGCCGCCUGGCCUGCUGGCAGAAGCACCUGAGAGGCCUUGGGCCUGACGGAAAAGAAAACGCCCCGAGGUCCUCAGUCAGUGAGACAGAGGCUGAUGGGAGAGCCACACAGUGGGCAGAUUCACGAGGUCCAUACUGCUCUGACUGCUGAUGCGGCCUCCUUCA